UUCAAAAACACUUCCCCACUAAUUACAAAAACUUCCUCUCAAGAAAAAAAAUCCAAACCCUCUUCCCCUUAAUUGACUGACUGAUAAAUCCCACGAAAAAUCUUGGGAAGUUCCACACACCCAUGUGAAAGGAUUUUUUUGUUGUGUUCAUCCAGGGGAUCUCAUUUCUUCAUAUUUCUCAAAAUGGGUCUCAAAGAUCUUCGUCUCAAACUCAAGGGUCUUAGAUUGGGAAGGUUUCUGGCGAGGAAUACAAGGAAGAAAAGACGGGGGAUGGCGGCACCAGCGGCGGUGAGUAAGGCAUCGUGGAUGGCGCCGGUGAACCAUGGGUAUCAUGUGGUGGUGGAUCAAUCAUAUUCGAAUGUUUGGGAUAAAGAAUCGGAUUGUGACUCUGUUGUUGUACAGAGAGAACAGAUGGAAGGGAUUGAGUUAUGGUUUUUUGGGGUUUUUAAUCCUCAAAUUGGUGAUCAAGUCCUCAAGUUCAUGCAAACCCAUUUCUUUGAUAAGAACUUUCAUGAGUCACAAGUAAAAGGGAAAGGAAGAGAGGCAAUGAAAAAAGCACAUUUGAGUGCAAGAACAAAGGUGAGAGAAGCAAAGGAAGGAAAAGAGGGAUGGAAAAUGGGAUCAUCUUCAGCAUUGGUCAUUGAUGGAGAUAAAUUGGUGAUUGCUACAAUGGGUGACUAUAGAACCAUUUUAUGUGAAGAUGGUCUUGCUCAUCAAAUAAGUUGUGAUCAAGAUCCAACCACUCAACGUUGGUCUAGUAGAUUAAUGUUUGGAAUGAAACCUCGAAAAGGCUCUGAACUUGUGUUUGCAACGAAAAGAAUCAACUCGGAAACUGAAUUUGUAAUAUUGGGAAGCAAUGGCAUAUGGGAGGUGAUGAAGAAUCAAGAGGCAGUGAAUUUGAUAAGACACAUGGAAGACCCACAGGAAGCAGCGGAGUGUUUGGCGAAGGAAGCAUUCACUAGAAUGAGCAAAAGCAGUAUUUCUUGUUUGGUUAUUCGUUUUGACUAAACUUUUUUUAUAUUUCCAAAUCCUCCUUUUCUUCUUAUUUAUUUUCUCCUUCACAAUUUGGGUUAUAAAUGCUUUGGUGUAAAUAUGAGCCAGCCAUAUAUAGUUUUUACCCUAAAUACAUUUCAUUCCCUACAUAAACUCUCUCAUCCAAAUACAUGAACAUACAAAUUUUGGACACCUUAUUGCUUAUAUUUUCUUUAUAUA